ACCUUCUCUCAUCAUCACCUUUCCAUGUCUCACAUUACCCUCUCUCUCUCUCUCUCCUCUCCUUUCUUUAUUCCCUCUCCUGCCCUUUAUAUAUUCCACUUCUCCCCUCACACCUCUCACACCCACCACCACUCCAUCAUCUCUUCUUCUCUCUCUGGAAAAACUUCUCUCUUCGGCUCCUCGCACAGUCCGUACACAUCAUCACCAUCAUCAUGAAGCAGUUGAUCAGGCGGCUCUCCCGCGUCGCCGACUCGUCACAGUACUGCCUCCUGCGCUCCGCCGACACGGCGUCGUCCCGCCCACGCCGAAGCGAGUCGUUUCGGGUGAAGCUCCGCCGCCGCAGGUCCUCCGCCGGCGAACCGGUGGUUCCCGAGGGACACGUGCCGGUCUACGUUGGCGACGAGAUGGAGCGGUUCGUGGUUCAUGCCGAGCUGCUGAACCACCCGGUCUUCGUCGAGCUUCUGAACAAGUCGGCUCAGGAGUACGGCUACGAGCAGAAGGGCGUGCUCCGGAUCCCUUGUCACGUGAUCGUCUUCGAGCGAGUGCUGGAGGCUCUCCGCCUCGGGCAGCCCCCGUCUCGUGACCUGCACGACCUCCUGAGCUCGAUCUCCGACGACCUGAGAUCCUGGUAGAUUCGGAAAUUUAGGGAAAUGUUUUGGCCUUUUUUUGUAAAUACGGUGGCGUUUUCGAUCGAAGCGAAGCAAAAGAGUAAAGAGCAGUUGCAAGGUCCUAAAAAAAAAAAAGUUUUUUUGUUUUUUUUUUCGGUGUUGUAAAGGGAAAGAAUACUACUCAGGCUUUAGAGUGUGCCUAGAAAUGCUAGUGCUGGUCUCUCUGUAUAAUUGAAUUACAGUCAUGGCAAAAACGGAAAAUACUUGUACUUUUUUGUCCUAAUCUUUGUGUUGCUUCUUUCUCGACUUAUUUUCUUUCUUCUUCCUGUUUGUUUCCCGGGAAACCUGGGGAGAAACGGUGAAGAAAAUCACGUAACACUAAAAUUGGGGUUCCGUGAGUGCCAAUUUUCAAGAGGGAUGAUUGUCUCUGUUUAAUUUAUGGAAAUGGACGAUGAUUUUUGA